UAGAUGGGUCUGGAUGGACAGUGGGGAGAAUAUACAGCUUAUGGGAACUCGGAAUUUCCCUCGAUGUGAAUCUGCAUUACAUUCGGAGAUAGAAGCACUACGUUGGGCGAUGGAGAACAUGCUUCAACACUCGCCAUGCCAGAGCUUUGGAACAGACUGCAAGGAACUGAUUGCUAUGAUAGAGAAACCCCAGGAGUGGCCAAGAUUCGCGACAGAAUUGGAGAAGAUAGAGACGCUGCAGAUUUGUUUUCCGGACUUCAAGAUCAUUCAUGUGCCACGAGCGCGCAACCAGUUUCCUGAUUUUUUAGCUAAGACAGCUAGGACUUUCCGUAGGGUGCUACUUUUUAUUGGUUGUUCUAUUCCGGUCUGGUUACCCAGACCACCUCAAGCUUGAAUAAUAGAAUAGCCGUUUGCCGUUAAAAAAAAAAAAAUCAUUCUCUUUUAUUUUAUUUUUACUUUUUAUUUAAGUUUCUUUUUUCUUUAUAUUCUUCAAAUAACUUAAUAAUAAAGAACAUCUAUAACAUUUAAAACCGAAAAUAAAUUUUAUAUAUAAUGGAAUUCAUAAAAAAGGAAAGUACACAAAAUAAUCUUUAUUUUGAAGUAAAUAAAUAACCUUUAUUUUAAAAGAUAAAAUUAAACAGCAUAAUAUAUAUUUUACAAUUAAUAAGUAUUUUUUUAAUCAAUUUAUUUCUCAAACUAUUACAAAAUAAUAAUUUAAAUAACAUAAACUAAGAUAUCUUUAAUCAAUUAAAAAAAAAAUUAUUGAAGUUUCUUUUUAAAAUAAUUUCCAAAUAACAUAUAUAAUAAAGCAAACAUUUAUAAAAUUUUAAACGCAAAAUAUUAUAUAUUUGAUGUGAUUUCAUAAAAAAAAUUUACUAUAAUAAUCUUAAUAUCAAAGUAUAGAAAUAUUCUUCCAUUUAAAAAUUUAUCGGUCAUGUUUUAAUGCAACUUCGUAAUGAUCAUUACUUUAUUUCUUCUUAUUUUAUUUUUGUUAUAAUUUUUUUGGUUAUAGUCCUAUAGAUGCAAAUUUCCCCAAAAUCAAUCACCGUUGAAAAGGCGUCGCUUUUGGUUGGGUUUCCCUCUCUUCUCGUUCCCAUGUGUCCCUCCCUUCCUUUGGUUCAUGUUUGAAAUUAAGUUUCCAUCACAUACCAAAUCUAAAAGAAAAAAUACAAUAUCAGAAAGAAAAAGUCAAUUUAAUUCAAUUCAAAGCAAUUUAAGUUUUCUUAUUUUUUUUUUUUAUAACUGAAAUUUGAAAUCGGAGCGAAGGAGAGAUAAUCUCUAGUUUACAUAAACGAAGAGGGUGAUGAAUCUGAGUGUAACUCUACGCAUCUUUGCGGCGGUGUCCAUGGCCGUGAUCCAAUUAGCUUCUGGUAAUUUCGUGUUUAAUGUGACGCAUAAGUUCGCCGGAAAAGAUAAACAGCUAUCGGAGCUCAGAUCUCACGACAGCUUCCGUCACGCUAGAAUGCUUGCCAACCUUCAUCUACCUCUCGCCGGGGAUAGCCGAGCUGAUUCGAUCGGAUUGUACUUCACGAAGAUCAAGCUUGGAUCACCACCAAAGGACUACCAUGUUCAAGUUGACACAGGAAGUGAUAUACUUUGGGUCAACUGUGCACCUUGUCCUAAAUGUCCUGUCAAAACAGAUCUCAAUAUACCUCUGUCCUUGUACGACUCAAAAGCUUCCUCCACAUCCAAGAAAGUUGGGUGCGAAGAUGAGUUCUGCUCCUUCGUCUCGCAACCGGACGCUUGCGAACCCAUGAAGACAUGUAGUUAUCAUGUUGUGUAUGGAGAUGGGAGCGCAAGUGAUGGAGUGUUCGUCAAGGAUAACGUUACCCUGGAUCAAGUCACUGGAAACCUCCGAACUGCACCUCUUUCCCAGGAAGUCGUGUUCGGGUGUGGAAGCAAUCAAUCUGGACAACUUGGGAAGACUGACUCUGCAGUUGAUGGCAUUAUGGGAUUUGGACAAGCUAAUACCUCUAUCAUUUCGCAACUCGCUGCCGCCCGGAAUAAGAAGAGAAUCUUUUCACAUUGUCUAGACAAUGUAAACGGAGGUGGAAUUUUUGCUGUUGGGGAAGUCGAAUCUCCACUAGUGAAAUUUACUCCUUUGGUUCCGAAUCAGUUACAUUACAACGUCAUUUUAAAGGGGAUAGAUGUAGGUGGAGAACCUGUUGCUCUCCCACCAAGCUUAGCUGUUUUUGGCGGGAAUGGAGGAACCAUUAUUGACAGUGGUACAACUUUAGCUUACUUGCCAGAGAAUCUCUACACCUCGCUACUUCAGAAGAUUACUGCUCGGCAACCGAUCAAACUGCACACGGUACAGGAGACUUUUGCGUGCUUCAGUUUCACGUUAAACACAGAUAAAGCAUUUCCAGUAGUCAAUCUUCAUUUCGAGGACAAACUCAAAAUGAGUGUUUAUCCGCACGACUAUCUUUUCUCCCUUCGUAAAGAUUUGUAUUGCUUUGGUUGGCAAUCUGGUGGACUGACGAAUCAGGACGGAUCUGAUGUCAUCCUUUUGGGAGAUUUGGUGCUUUCAAACAAGUUGGUAGUAUACGAUCUGGAUAAUGAGGUCGUUGGAUGGGCAGAACACAACUGUUCGUCAAGCAUCAAAGUGAAAGAUGGAUCAGGAGCUGUUUUCUCAGUCGAAGCAAAUAAUCUCAUAGCUUCGUCUUCUUCUUCUUCGUCCUCAUUGGAAACCGGAGACGCAAGAAUUAAAGGAUUUUGAGGCAAAUGCGAAAGAAUUUUUGUUGUUGAAAUUGAGUGAUGUGGAAAACCAGAGCAAGUGGUCUAUAUUAUUUGAUGAUUUCAUAAAAUAAUCAGAGAUAGAGGAACUAGUAGAUUUCAAUAAUGAGUCAACAUUGUGUUUAGAGAAGUUCUUAUCCUUAUCAUAUAUCAUUAUCUUGUUUUCUUAAUUCGAAAUUAUUUUUAGCAUUCUCCUUUUACUUCUAAGGAAUCGGCAUUUAUUAGCAUUUACUUUAGUGAAUUUGUCUAUUACGAUUCAAAGCGCUUCAAAACUCUUUUGAAUAAGUCCGCUUCAUAAUAGGUAUAGGUAGGCCUGGGCGUUCGGGUACCCGUUCGGGUUCGGAUCGGGUUUUUUGGAUUUCGGUUCCGCUUUGUAACACCUCAUAGGUCCCAUUCUAGUAAAUUUACCAGUACGGAUCGGAUUCGGAUAUAACACUUCGGUUUCGGAUCGGUUCGGAUAUAUCCAAAGUAACCAUAUAUCAUUCGGAUUCGGGUUAUAUCGGAUCGGUUCGGGUAUAUCCAAAGUAAAAUCCAAAAUUUAAAAGUAAAACAUAAGAAAUAUAUCAUUCUUUGUAUAUAAUGGAGUAUUUAAGGUGUUUAUUUAAAUUUUCAAUACUUAUUAUUAGAUAUCAUAUCCAAAUAAAUAUGAAAUUGAAUAUUUGAAGUACAUAUUUAUGUUUCAAAUAUUUAUAUUAUAUAUUAAUUUGGAUAUUCGAAUCGGUUUCUUCAGAUAUUUUUUCGGGUUUUCGGGUUUUUUGGAUUUUCGGGUUACGCGUUCGAGUUCGGUUAAUAACACUUUGGAUUCGGAUAUGUUUUGUAACACCCUAUAAGAUCCAUCGAGGUAUUUUUUACAUUUCAGAUCGGGUACGGAUCGGGUGUUUCGGUUCGGAUUCGGUCCGGAUUUCGGGUUUUGGAUUUUAUGCCCGCCUUAGGUAUAGGUGUUCCGGUACGGAGUUGACCGUGUUCUUCACUCCGUAUGAAUGUAAGAUCGCUGUUCAAUUUUAAUAUUCGCCUCCCCCACAUCAUUCCCGGUAAUAACAAGAGGAGUGCAUGAGUCAAUGUGUUACUUAGUGAAGCGUUUCUAGAUCAGUCUCUUUGCAUAAACUUUUAUAGUACUUAAUGCGGAACAAGAUUUGACUAGUCACUAACAAUCAAGCAAUUAACAACCCUUUAAUAUUAACGGAAUGAACUCAGUCAUUACUACUCACAACUUAUAAUUGGUGAUCUAGACCUCUAGACUCAUAAGGACCUAUCGUGUGCGGAUCUGUCUUAAGCCACGAGCGAGCUAAUCGAGCUCCAAUUCGUUUGGUUUGAAAUCGGUUUGAAUCGAUCUAAAUUAGUUUAAUUGAUUAAAAUCAGUCAAAUUAAGUAACAUAAAAGUGAAU